CAAUUCCCAAAAAUUGAAAAAUUCCAUUUCCUCGUUUUCGAAUUCGUUGGAAAUUGUAUUUAGGAGGUUAGAUUUCCUUUUUGAAAGCUCAAUUGAAAAGGGAAAAAUUCUAGUACUUAUCAAUUGAAUCACUACAGAAACCAGUAAGUAUGUCUGAACUUGAACAAAAAGCCAUUAACACCAUUAGAUUAUUAGCAGUUGAUGCUGUUGCUGCUGCUAAUUCUGGACAUCCAGGGGCACCAUUAGGGAUGGCACCAGCUGCUCAUGCUGUUUGGCAAACCAUGAAAUUUAAUCCAAAGAAUCCAAAAUGGAUUAAUAGAGAUAGAUUUGUUUUAUCAAAUGGUCAUGCUUGUGCUUUACUUUAUUCAUUAUUAGUUUUAUAUGGAUACGAUUUAAGUAUUGAAGAUUUAAAACAAUUCAGACAAUUGGGUUCUAAAACUCCAGGUCACCCAGAAGCUUUAGAUGUUCCAGGCGUUGAAGUUACCACUGGUCCUUUAGGUCAAGGUAUUUCCAAUGCUGUUGGUAUUGCUUUAGCUCAAAAACAAUUUGCUGCUACUUACAACAAACCAGAUUUCCAAAUUUCUGAUUCUAACAUUUUUGUUUUCUUGGGUGAUGGUUGUUUACAAGAAGGUGUUGCUUCUGAAGCAUCUUCUUUAGCUGGUCACUUAAAAUUGAACAAUAUCAUUGCCUUUUGGGAUGAUAAUCAUAUUUCAAUUGAUGGUAACACCAAUGUUGCUUUCACUGAAGAUGUUUUAGGUAGAUAUAAAGCUUAUGGUUGGAAUAUUUUAGAGGUUGAAAAUGGUAAUACUGAUGUUGAUGGUAUCACUAAAGCCAUUGAAGCUGCUAAGAAAUCCGAUUUACCAACUAUUAUCAGAUUACCAACCACCAUUGGAUUUGGUUCUUUAGCUGAAGGUACCCAUGGUGUUCAUGGUGCUCCAUUAAAAGCUGAUGAUAUUAAACAAUUGAAAACCAAAUUUGGUUUCAACCCAGAAGAAUCUUUUGUUAUUCCAAAAGAAGUUACCGAAUUAUAUAACAAACACGUUUCUGAAAACCAACAAGUUGAAAAUGAUUGGAAUAAAUUAUUUGCUGCUUAUAAAGAAAAAUACCCAACUGAAGGUGCUGAAGUUGAACGUCGUUUAAGUGGUAAAUUACCAGAAGGUUGGGAAAAAUCAUUACCAGUUUAUACUCCAAAUGAUAAACCAGUUGCUACUAGAAAAUUAUCAGAAAUUGUUUUAUCCAAUGUUGUUCCAGUUGUUCCAGAAAUCAUUGGUGGUUCUGCUGAUUUAACUGGUUCUAAUUUAACUAGAACUACUGAUAUGGUUGAUUUCCAACAUCCUGAUACUAAAUUAGGUGACUAUUCUGGUCGUUAUAUCAGAUACGGUGUUAGAGAACAUGGUAUGGGUGCUAUCAUGAAUGGUAUUGCUGCCUUUGGUGCUAACUACAAAAAUUAUGGUGGUACCUUCUUAAAUUUUGUUUCUUAUGCUGCUGGUGCCGUUAGAUUAAGUGCUUUAUCUCAUCAUCCAGUUACUUGGGUUGCUACUCAUGAUUCAAUUGGUUUAGGUGAAGAUGGUCCAACUCAUCAACCUAUUGAAACUUUAGCUCAUUUAAGAGCCAUUCCAAACUUGUCAGUUUGGAGACCAGCUGAUGGUAAUGAAACUUCUGCUGCUUAUAAGAGUGCUAUUGAAUCAACUUCCACUCCUCAUGUUAUUGCUUUAACUAGACAAAACUUACCACAAUUGGAAGGUUCUUCAAUUGAAGUUGCUUCUAAAGGUGGUUAUACUUUAAUUAAACAAGAUAAACCUGAUGUUAUCAUUGCUGCUUCUGGUUCCGAAGUUGCAAUUGCCGUUGAUGCUUCUAAAAAAUUAAGCGAAGAAGGAAUUAAAGCUAACGUUGUUUCUAUUCCAGAUUUCUUAACUUUUGAUAAACAAGAUCAAAGUUAUCAAUUAUCAGUUUUACCAGACGGUGUUCCAAUUUUAUCAGUUGAAGUUAUGUCAACUUUCGGAUGGUCUAAAUACUCUCAUGAACAAUUUGGAUUAAACAGAUUUGGUGCCUCCGGUAAAGGACCAGCUAUUUACGAAUACUUUGGUUUCACUCCAGAAGGAGUUGCUGAUAAAGCUGCUAAGACUGUUCAAUUUUACAAAGGUAAAGAUGUUUUAUCUCCAUUGAAUAAAGCUUUUUAAAGUAGUUUAGAGAAUUAAAUAUUUUAGAUUAUUAGAAUAUAUAUUUAAAUUUUUAGAAUAAAUGUUUAG